UAUUUAUCUCUUUUAAACUUGUCAAGUUUUCGUCAAGUUCUCUAAAAAACGCGAACUUGAACUAUACAAGUCGGCUUGCCAACAGCCUUGAACAGCCGACUAAAAGUAUUUUGACUUUUAGUGUUAAUUGCUUUAAAGAUUAAUUAAAUGAAAUAUUUUUUUGUAUAUGGAUUAAUUGUGAUAUAUUUAAACGCAUGGUUGGUGAAAAUAUAUAUGUAAUAUUUUAUUACAUUAUUGUAAAUGUAAAAACGAAAAAAAUAUGGGUAAAUUGAAUAAUUCCUUCUUAUGGGGGAUAAUUUUUGCUUCUGCGACAUGGAGUAUAUCUUUAUAUUUAUAUUGGUUGCUCAAUAUGAGUGGUGAAAAUAUUGUUAAUAAUACACAGGACAGGUUUCAUUACCGUCUCGUUAACAAUGAAGAGAAGGCUCGAAUAAAAAACAAUGAUAAAUCUAUUGCAGCUUUGGAGGGUAAGAAUUUAUUGUACGACAGUCCUAAAGUAAACAACAUUAAUUAUAUGGAUAAAAAGUGGAAAAAUCACAAAGAAAUGUCCGAUUAUUACAAGAGGAAAGUAAUGUUGAGGGAUAAAAUGUCAAAACUUGGAUUGAAAGAAUUAUCUAAACCAGAUAAAAGCUUAGAAAGUCAGUUUGGGUUGAUACACAAUGCAGAAGACGUUCAAAUCCGUGAAAAAGGUUACAACCUGCAUGCAUUUAACACUCUUAUUUCACAAAGAAUUGGAAAUCAUCGAGGAAUACCUGAUACAAGAAAUAAAUUAUGCCGAAAGCAAAAAUUUCCUCCAAAAUUACCAAAAGCGUCAAUCAUCAUAUGCUUUUACAAUGAACAUUUUGAAACACUUAUGAGGUCAGUCCAUUCUAUUUUGGAUCGCACCGAAAUGAGGCUCCUUAAGGAAAUUAUAUUAGUUGAUGAUUAUAGUGACAUAGAAGGUUUACACGAUGAUGUGAAUAAAGCAGUUAAUGAAUUAAAUAAUAAGGUAAAGAUGGAGCUGGAAAUGUUGGAAACAAAUAAUAUUGAUGGCGAGAGUAUGAUUGAUUAUAUUAAUGAUGACAAUAACGUUUUGAAUGUGAAGAAAACUACAGACUCAAAUAAAAAGUUAAAAGGUUUAAAUAUAAGGUUAUUAAAAACCAGUAAAAGGGAAGGUCUUAUACGAGCUAGGCUGUAUGGGGCUGAUAACAGUGUUGGUGAUGUUCUAGUAUUCUUAGAUUCACAUAUUGAAGUCAAUGUCGACUGGUUACCGCCUCUUUUAACGAGAUUAUCUGAAGGAGUAGAUGGUGUGAACGUGAGAUAUUCUCCUCGGGCUGUAACACCUGUUAUUGAUGUCAUUAAUGCUGAUACAUUUGAGUACACAUCGAGUCCACUGGUCAGAGGUGGUUUCAACUGGGGGCUACAUUUCAAAUGGGACAACCUGCCUAAAGGAACCUUGAAAAAUGAAAAGGACUUCUUGAAUCCAAUAAGAUCACCAACUAUGGCAGGCGGUUUGUUCGCUAUAUACAGGGAAUAUUUCAAUAACAUUGGCAAAUAUGAUCCUGGUAUGAAUAUUUGGGGAGGCGAAAAUUUGGAGAUAUCCUUUCGCAUAUGGAUGUGCGGUGGUAUAUUGGAGCUUAUACCGUGCAGUCGGGUCGGUCACGUGUUCCGUAAACGAAGGCCAUAUGGAUAUGGUGAGAAAGAGGAUAACAUGCUGAGAAAUUCGAUGCGUAUGGCUCGAGUCUGGAUGGAUGACUAUGUGAAUAAAGUAAUAGAAAAGAAUCCAUCUGCAGCGCAUGUGUCUAUAGGCGAUAUAUCUGACCGAAUUGCGUUACGUAAAAGCCUGGAAUGCAAAUCAUUUAAAUGGUACAUAGAAAACGUUUAUCCAGAAAUAGAACAAGGUGAAAAUACAGCAGCUAAGAAGAAAAUAGCGGCUUUGAAUGAUCCAGAAAAGAAUAAAUUCCAACCAUGGCAUUCGAGAAAACGCAAUUACACGGAUUCGUUUCAAAUCCGCAUGAAGAAUACAAGUCUAUGCAUGCAGAGCGCUAAAGAUAUAAAAAGCAAAGGUAGUGGAUUGAUACUCGCUAAUUGUAUCAGGACCUUGAACCAGAUGUGGUUUGAGACGGAUCGCAAUGAGUUAGUCCUAGGACGUUACUUGUGCCUCGACGCCGUUGGCAAUAUCUCACCUAUCAUCGGCAAGUGUCACGAGCUUGGGGGCACGCAGGAAUGGAAACACAAGGGGACGGCUGGCAGUCCAAUUUACAAUACGGCAGCUGGUAUGUGUCUCGGCGUGGAAAGAGCGGUAAGAAGCGAACCCGUGCUCUUAGUCAUAUGUGACAGCCAACCAACGAACCAAUGGGAUUUCGUUCGAUCAUAAACAGUAACAUACAAAAAUAAGUAAAAAAAUAAAUUAGCCUUUAUUGCUGUUUACAA